AUGUUAAUUAGCUCAGACUAUAAGAAGGAUUUACCUGUCAUCUCAAUAGUUGGGAUGGGUGGGCAGGGUAAAACAACCCUUGCACAAUUGGUGCUAAAAAAUGACAGUGUAGUGAAGCACUUUGAUAAAACAAUAUGGGUGUGUGUGUGUGAUGAUUUCAAAGUGGAAAGGCUGUUGAAUGAUAUGCUUCAAUCCCUCGGGGGAAAAAGCGCUGAGACGACAACCAGGGAAGCAUUGGUGAGGAAGCUUCAAGAAAAUCUGAAAGGAAAAAGUUGCUUGCUUGUGCUUGAUGAUAUUUGGAAUGACAAUCGAGAGAAAUGGGAUCGCAUGAGGAGAUGUCUGUUGGCAAUAGGGGGUGCUACAGGAAGCAAAAUAUUGGCUACCACACGUAGUGAUGAGGUAGCCUCAGCAAUGCAAACAUCUGGUUUACAUCAUCUAGGCAUCCUCUCAGAUGAUCAUAGCUGGAUGUUGUUUGAAAAACUAGCAUUUGCAGACGGUGGUGCAAGAAAGACUCAAGAUUUGGUGGACAUUGGCAGAAGGAUAUUGAAAAAGUGUGGCGGCGUGCCAUUAGCAAUCAAAGUGAUUGGGGGUUUGUUGUAUUCCAAAAAGGAUGCCUCGGAAUGGUUGAAGGUUGAGAAGAAUGAACUAUGGAACGAGUCGACCAAUAAUGAAGGUGGAGUCAUGUCGGUCCUGAGGCUGAGUUACGACAACUUACCUUCAUUGCCAGUGAAACAAUGCUUUGCAAGUUGUUCCAUCUUCCCGAAGGACACUGUCAUGGACAAAAAAAACUUGAUACAGAUUUGGAUGGCCCAGGGAUUGAUUAAUGAUGCCAUGGGAGGAGGUCAUUUGCAAAUGGAGGAUAUAGGCAGCGACUACUUCAACAUAUUGCUUCGGAGUUCUUUGUUGCAAGCUGCUCCUGAGUACGGAAUCGAGUUCUGCAGGAUGCACGACCUUGUGCAUGAUCUUUCAUUGCAAGUGUCAAAUAAUUGUUUCUUAAACACAGAGGAUGGCAUGGUAGUCAGUCACGAUGACGAAGUUAUGCAUUUGACCGUCAUUCAGAGUCGAGGGAAGGUGUUAAAGAAUAUCGAAGGGAUUCCUCCAAAUUUGCAAACGCUUUAUUAUUUUGGGGGUGAUGGUAUCAUGCUCGAAGACAUCUUGGAAAGGUCUAGAUAUCUUUCUGUGUUAAUAGUAGAUUGCUGGUUUGUUACUCAUCUCCCGAUUGCAGUGGGUGAUAUGAAACAUUUAAGACAUCUUGAUAUCAGUCGAACAAAAAUCACCGUUCUGCCAGAUUCCAUCACAAAGCUCUACAAUUUGAUGACCUUGAAAGUGUAUUACUUGAAAGAGAUACCUGAGAAGUUUAGCAAUUUAAUUAACUUGAGGCAUUUCGAGUGUUCAUCUGCUAUGGGCCAAUCAUGUUUUUUCCCAGGGAUUGGGCAGUUGGCUAAUCUUCGGACGUUGCCCCACUUCAGGAUAAGCCAAGCCAAGGGAUGUCAACUUGAGGAGUUGGAAUGCUUGCGCAACCUCCGAGGCGAGCUAAAAAUUUUUGGACUUGAGAAUGUGAGCAGCUUUGAAUCCGCAGCAAAAGCAAAUUUGUCCAAAAAAUCAAGCAUUCAAGGUUUAAGACUUUCAUGGGAUGGCACGAAAGAAGAUUGUGACGACAACAUCAACAGUGUCAUGGAAGGUCUCCAACCUCACCCAAACUUGAAAGAUUUAGCCAUUAGUGGUUUCAAAGGUUCAAGGUUUCCGUCGUGGAUGGUGGCAAAGGAUCGCGUGACGGUACUUCGGAAUCUGGUACGCCUCACGUUGGAGGAAUUGGGUAAGUGUGAACAAGUACCACCACUAGGGGACUUGCCUUGUCUCGAGUCCUUAGAGAUGGUCUCCUUACACAAUGUGAAGCGCAUUGGGGCUGAAUUCUAUGGUCUCGAUAUUAAUGCAAGGAGCAGCGCUUCUUGUAGUAGCGGCACUAGUAAUAGAGAUGGGAAACCAGUCACUCUGUUUCCGAAACUGUCGCGCUUUGUGCUUCGGAACAUGGGAAGUCUAGAGGAGUGGUCAGAUGCAAUGGUUCCCUCGAAUUCUUCUUCAUCAAUUAAGGUAUUCCCUAGUCUCCGGUACUUGGAACUUGGUGGCUUCUCUGACGACCUUGAUCAUUUUCCGGGGCCACACUCCACCACCAAUCUCGUCUCUCUGGAGAGUCUUGGAUUGUAUGGAUGGCCAAAAAUCACGUCUCUCCCAGACCAAAUUCAGCAUCUCUCUACCUUGGGAACUUUACUUCUUUGCAGGUUUGAGGGGUUGGAAGUUCUUCCAGAGUGGAUGGGUAGCCUUCGGAAUCUUCGAAAAUUGGUGACUAGUAAUUGCUCUAACCUCAGACAAUUGCCCUCUGCAGAAGCAAUGCGACACCUCACCAAUUUAAAUUAUCUAUCUAUCACCAGGUGUCCUCUUUUAGCAGAGAGAUGCACCAAAGGAAGUGGCGCAGAGUGGCCCAAGAUUGCACAUAUUCCCCGUAUUCAUAUCUAUCCGUUGAACAAAGUUUGA